UCCUAAAGGCUGAGGCGCGGCCUGGUCUACCACUUUCAAUCUUUAUAUCCUUCCUCUCUUCCUCUCCGCCUGGUCCUCCUCUCCUGCGCCUUCUCUUCGUCGAUACAACCUCUCUAGCGCGCUUGCAUGUAGCGCAAUCCUCGUGCGCUGCGCGGCAGUCAACACAUCGACCUGCACUGCAUUCACCUUGCUAUUGCAUCUGUAGUGUCAUUGCCGACCAGGCCAAUCCCCGUCUUCCGACUACACCAUGGCAGCCUGUGACAACCACCACCGCAGCCAACCUGACCAUCAACCGCAAUACUCGCAGUCGUCCUCGCACGACCCGAUAAACGACUAUAUACCCUAUCCAGGCUCCUACAACCACCAUUCCCACUAUCAGGAUUCCCAUGGACAGCGAUCCCGCGCAUCCUCCGCCGCUCCCUCGGAUGGUUUGCACCAGUCUUCCCAGCCUCUCCACAAUGCCCUCAACAAUGCCUUCGACAAGUCGGACGCCGCCAGGACAGUGGAUCCGGCCCUCAUUGCCCAGAUCACAGCCGAAGUGAAGAGAUCCGUCCUGGAGGAGAUCAAGUCGCAAGGCGUGGGCGGUGCUCCUGUGCAACCUCAGCCUUCCGCCCCGCCGCAGCACCACAUGCCUCACUCGCCCACCUCCACGUCUGCUUCUUUUCCUUCCCGAGACGUGUACACUCCGCCCUCACCCAAACACCCGGACUACUCCAGCCAGGGAACCCACUCCCCCGAUCCCUUGGCUCACGACCCUCUGUUUGACGGUGCUGGCGAUAGAUCCUCCUACCGGACCAUACCGGAUGACUCGGCUUCGGAGGCUUCGCGAAAAUCCCGUCCUGGCGCAGCUCCCAGGAUGGCUACAGACCCAGACUUCACUCCGAUAGAGAAGAUGUGGCAGACCUUGUUUGACGCCGAGGGCCAACCCACCCCGCGACUCGGCCAGUUCCUUCGAGGCCUCGCAGUACACCUAAUCGAGGAUUAUGAGCCGAAAAAGAGUCUAGUUAUUCCUCCUUCCAAGAUGCUCAAGUUAUAUGGCGAUGUCAAGCUCCCAGAUGAGAUCUUCCCAUGGCAAAUUAUAUUUGGGCAGCUGAGCGACACGAGUCUAGCUAAGAUAUACCGCGAAAUGCGUUGUCAACACCAUUUCAUUCAAAGCAGCCUCGCCGACCAGCCCUUCAUUCCGGCACUUACCCCGCAUGGCUUCCAAGAGUGGAUGACUGCCAUGAUACAAGCCUACCCUGACGCGGAAUAUGAACGGCUGUCCAAGGCCGUCUUGGACAUGCCUAUCAGCAAUGCUGACGACUGCAAAGAACGCUUUCCUAAGGAACUCCCUCGGCGAUUAUUUCCCCAUAGAGAGAAUCUCCAGGCACAGCAAAGGUGCACCGCAGCAAUGGCUGCUGGGGGCGUAAGCCCCCUUCGGCGAGCGCCCACCUUCCCUCCGCCACCCCCAAUGGGUCACUCUACUGCGCCAUCAACUACCCUGGAGCGUGAGCGGAGCCCCUAUAUCCACCAAUCCAACACGAAAGACUCACAUGCGGUUGAGUCGGAGGACGAGGAUGGCGGACCUCUUGCUGUUCCCAUUGAAAGAGAACGCAAGCCUUACACUGCAGCUCCAGGUGGCGGAAAAGUCCAUGACGACGACCUUAGUAGGAGCUUCCAAUCCGACGGACCUGUCCCUGAGCAGCGUAGACGCACCCAGUCGACGGCGAGUCAGAACCAAUGGAACCCUCCGAAUGCCUCGUACCAUCACUACCACCAACACUUCCGUACAGGCUCGACCACACAAGGGCGCCGUGCGAGGAGCCCACCACCAACGAACUACGGAACUAAGUCCGACCCAAAUCUUAGAGAUAUCCCGGGCGGUUACUACGCGUCGAACAUGUACGACCCCGAGGAGGACAAUCGCAGGUUUGCAAGAGAGGCCGAGCUGAAGAGAAACGACUGGGCCAGACCGGCAACAGGUCUGAAUGGGAGUCCCUACGACUCUCAGCCUCGAUCCGUCUACGACGAUGACUACUACCGCGGCAGGAGCAAUACAAACGGAUACGAUAGCCGCUCAUACGAUUCCCGACGGUAUUAA